GAUCACUCGAAAAUGUUGUUGUGCGACGAGAUGACAACUUGAACUCCUAAUUCCUUCUACUGCACCUCUUGCAUCGUUCAGUACAAAAGAACAAACCGAAAUUUGCAACUUUUUCACUCAACGCUAAUAUGAAUAUUAAUCCUCGGAGUAAAUACCAUUUUCAGCUAGAUUUAAUACAACUGUCAUUUGUUAAUUUUUCCAUCUAAACCAAUAUUAAACCAACACCAAUCUUACACUUCACCAGUCAGAAGAUUUAUUAUCAGUGGAUGCUUGUUGCGUGUAAGCGUGCUACUCAUAGAGACAACUAAAAAUGGCUCGGUCUUGUUCGCCGGCAGAGCGAAUUUUCAGGCGCCGGGACGAAAUGUCUUCACAUUAAUCCCUUUGCCAUUUUGAUAUUUUUCCUUCUUUCCGACUGACAGCAACAACACCAGAUACAAGGAAACAACUUAUGUCGCGCAGUGGGAGGGUGAACGAGUGGACGGGGGGGGAAAGAAAAACGCCAGAGGGGCAAGGGAAAAAAUUUUUCAUGCAGGGCGGGGCCAGGCAUCUGCGCCGCUUCUUGCUGAAAGAACGAAGGCGGAGCGCCAUGUCGCCCGUGGUUCCCGUCGUUGUGCGAGCGCGAGGGCCCCGCCCGCACUGGGCGCGCGUUUGCUUGGCGGCAAGCCUUAGGCCCAAGCAAUAACCCAAAGCGCGGCAGCGGGCGGCCGCCAGUGGACGGGGGAACAGGCCGCGCCAUGCGAGGCGUUGGCGCGUGACGCCCCGUUCGCGCGUUUGCGGUGUGGCCCGUUCGUGCCGCCUGCCUUUGUGCCCCGCCCCUGUGCGCCUUGGUGCCCCCCGCCCUUCUCCCCCGCGCAGCCUUGCAGAACGGGGGCGCGCAGGGGCCCCUGCCGCGCGCGUGGAUGGAGGACGGGCGCCGGGGCGGGGCAUUCAUACAUUGCCCUCCAGGCGCAGGGGCCCACCACCCUCCCCAAGCACCCCCGGACAACAAUGGCGCCCCCCGUGUUCGCCCGCAUGCAACCUGUUGCGCCCCCGCCUGCUUCCCUCGCGCGCACCCUCCAAGACAGAGACGGCGGAUGGUGGCGCCCUCUGCCGGCCUCUUCGUGAACAGAGGGAGGGCGCAGGGGAAGGGUGGUGGGCAGCUGCUCGCCUGCAAGCCUGGCGCUGGGGCGCGACUUUCCCUUCGCGAACAGAGCAGGGAGCGAGGGCGCCGGGGGAGGCUGGUGGGCAGCUGCUCGCCUGGUGCUUGGCCGCCGGUGGUGUUCCCCAGCCACCCAACGGCGGCGCACGCUUUUUCAGGGCAUUUCCAGCUGGAAAUCCAGCUGGAAACAUUUGGAAAAGGCAUCUGCAGCGCAUUUCCACCUGGAAACGCAGCUGCGGACGCCUUUUCAAUGCAUUUCCCACCCGGCCUGUUCAGCGGGGCUUUAUUUUCGGUUUUUUUCCCCGAGUUGCUGUGUUUAGCACAGCUAUUCUGGCUACCCGGGGAAGACAUUGGCCUAAUGGGAAGGCAUUGGAGUAAUGGGGGGCUACCGGUCUAGUGCCAGGAUAUUGGGGCCGAAUGAUAAAAGUUUGCUUCUUGUUAGUAAUUGGCGCGCUCAGCAUAGCUCUUCUGGCUACCCGGGGAUCGGGUUUUCAGUACGAUAUUGGGAGGGUAUCAGGAUAGUGAGAGGAUGUCUUUUUUCCAGAGUUGCUGCGUUUAGUACAGCAAUCCUGGUCACCCAGGAGAAAGAUUUCCAAUAGGAUAGUGGGAGGAUGUCUUCAGGAUAGUUGGAGGAUACUGGCAACGGAUGGGAAAAGUUUGCUCUUUUGCCCGAGUUGCUGUGUUUAGCGCAGCAAUUCUGGCUACCCAGGGGAAAGAUUUCCCAGUAGGGUAUUGGGAGGGUAUCAGGAUAGUGGGGGGAUAUUGGCAUAGUGGGAAGGUACGGGUAAGGGGAGGGAGAAUUUUGUUUGUUUUCCCCGAGUUGCUGCGUUUAGCACAGCGAUUCUGACUACCCAGGGGAAAGAUUUCUCAGGUCAGUAGGACAGGCGACAAUCCCCGUACAGCUUGCAGGGAUGCGAUCGCCGCCUUCGGUCUCCGGCUGCCUGAUCGCGUUGCCCUCCUCGGACGCGCGAUCAGCUGAUUUUUUUUUCCUUAGGGAUUUCAGUAAGGAAGUGCCACGCGAUCGCGCAGAUCCGAGCGACACUGCAAAAUAUUUUGCGUUGCAAAAUGUUUUGGAGCUGGGAAAUAUUUCGAGCCGGCAAAUAUUUCGAGCCGGAAAACAUUUCGAGCCGGGAAAUAUUUCGAGCCGGAAAAUAUUUCGAGCCGGAAAAUAUUUCGAGCCGGAAGAUAUUUCGCGCCGGAAAAUAUUUCGAGCCGGGAAAUAUUUCGAGCUGGAAAAUAUUUCGAGCCGGAAAAUAUUCCGAGCUGGAAAAUAUGUCGAGCCGGAAAAUAUUUGCUCGAGCUGGAAAAUGUUUCGAGCUGGAAAAUGUUUCGAGCUGGAAAAUAUUUCGAGCUGGAAAAUAUUUCGAGCUGGAAAAUAUUUCGAGCUGGGAAAUAUUUCGAGCUGGAAAAUAUUUCGAGCUGGAAAAUAUUUCGAGCUGGAAAAUAUUUCGAGCUUGAAAAUAUUCCGAGCUGGAAAAUAUUUCGAGCGUGAAAAUAUUCCUAGCUGGGCAAUAUUUCGAGCUUGAAAAUAUUUCGAGCUGCAAAAUGGCCGCUGGCCGCUCUGCAAAAUGGCCGCUGGCCGUUGGCCGUUGGCCGACUUUCCAAAUGGCGACAGCUUUGGAAAAUUUGAAAACUGUAAAAAAAUUUUCGGCGUGGACGAUUUUCCUCCCCGUCGCAAAAUUCUAACUCACGCCGCUCAGCAAUAGGAGUUAUAAAUUUACUUACAACUUCUAGAGGUGAUAACGAUACAGAUACUUUGCAAUCAUUUUCAUCCUUUUAGACCACUAUUUCAGACACCACUUUACUAGACAAAGUACACGACAUCUUUUCAAAAGAGGACUCUAUUGAUGUCGAUGUCCCAAUCGUAACUAGGCACUAGUAGACCACUUUUAUCUAUAUUCACUGUUCAUUUCUCCCUGUACACUUAUUUUUGGCAGCAUAAAAGUAGACACUUCGUCGAAUUAUUCGAAUUGUGUUUUGUUUUUGUUUACAGUUCGCAGUAGCGCACGGACGCGGCAGCACAUGAAUGAUCGGGCACCACCGUAGAAGUGACUUUACCGACGUCUCGCUUGCGGGAAGAAAGCAGAUAAGUUAUACUUAUUCUCGCGCAUCUGAGGUCUGCACUUCAACUGCUUGUCACAGAAGGAUUAGGAUAGGACGGCCCACGAACGGCGGCCGUGCUGCAGACACGGUUCCAACGAGACAGAGCAGCAAGCGAGAUACUUGGGAAGGCCAGUGUCUACUGUCUAGUAUGUCUACAAUCGGAAAAAAUGCACAUAUAAAAGAAAAGCAAACGCAGCCAGUAUCUGACCGCGCUGCAGUUUCAACACCGUGUACGAUAUCAGACCCGUGAAACAACAAGAAAUGCAUUUUUGUCUACUGCCUCCGUCCUAGAACAAAAACAUGCACAGCACGGCAAACCUAAUGCCCAUUGCCUUCCAGUAGACUUGGCUGCGGCAGCACCAAUAAUUUGGAAGAUGAGUACAACUAGAGGGCUUGUUAUUGUUAUCCGAGCUUGGUCGUGGCCAUGUGCAUGCUAUUCGCAUCUUUGUCGUUCUGCUGUUGCAAACAAAGCUCUGUCGUGUCGGGAACACCUCAUGUUCACGGCCAAUAACAUCGUGCUGGAAGUCGGGAGCUAUCGCUGCCAGCACACUCAAGCCUCGAAAAUGAACAAUGAAGUCGCUAUCCUCAUCUUGCCAGAAAUCGUGUUUAUAUCAUCAUAAACAACGUCAAAAGUUGCCGUGC